AUGUUUUCUGUCUCCAAGAAGCUUCGACGUGAAGAUGGACUAACGGGAGGGAUUGGCUCAUCGAAUGGGAUGCCCCCAGUUUCUCCCUUACAUCAACUGGAUAACAAACCUCCCAGUGGAGAUUCUUUGCAGUUAAACGGAGGCCAUUCGAUUGGACUGGAUAGUGUCAAGAAGUGUCUUCCAGACACAGGCCUACAACUGAAUUCGAAUGGAGAUACUGAUGAGUUUUCACUUUGCUUAGGCAAAGAAAUGAAGCAGGAACCUGUGGAUGACUUGCCCUGCAUGUUAUCAGGUGUGGGUGGUUCCAUGUCUCAAAACAAUUUGAUGCCUGACUUAAAUCUGAAUGAGCAAGAGUGGAAGGAACUCAUAGAGGAACUAAAUAAAUCUGUACCCGAUGAAGACAUGAAGGAUCUAUUCAGUGAUGACUUUGAGGAUAAAAAGGACAAUGAAGCUUCAAAUUCUGCUACACAGACACCUUUGACCCAAGAUAUUCAUGUAAAGACUGAGUUUUCUCCUGCAGCAUUUGAGCAGGAACCUCUUGGGUCUCCACAAGUAAGGUCUACAUCAUGUGGACCCUUUGUUGGGGCUCCUUCAGUGCCUGCUAGCAGCUCCUCUCCAGUGGUAGGUGGUUCCCAGCCUGUGUUCCAGCCAUCUUCCCAGGCUGUGACGGACAAUUCCAAUCAAACAGCGUUGCAGCCUUCAAAUCAACCUCAAAAUGUGCCGAGACCAUUACCCAACGUAUUAAUGUCUGGGCAGAGUACUGGAACUACCAAAGAGAUGUCCUCAGCCCACCAACUUCAGCAGAUUGCAGCAAAGCAAAAGCGGGACCAGUUGCUGCAAAACCAACAGCAGCCUCAGCAAGUACACCAGUCAAAUCAGAUGACCAACUGGCCGCAGUCUCGAACUUCACAAAGUCCCCUUGGUGUUCCUGCUUAUGGUAUGGAGAAAUCUACCAGCCCUUCUGUUUAUCAGCAAGAAUUUAAUAACCAGAAACUAAUGAUGCCUAAUAUGAACAAGAGUUCCCCUCGCGGCGGAAGCAGCUAUAUACAGCCAAAUCAUGUUAAUAUGAUUCAUAAACCUUCGAACAAUUUAAACCCCAACCAAGCUGCAGGUCCCAAUUCUAUGCUGGACUAUGGCAACACAAUACCUCUGUCACAUUAUGAGGCUGACUGUGGUCCUGGGGUAGUAGCUCAGAACCAGAACAAGAGCGUAAUGAUAUCUUAUCUUCAGCGACGGCAGCAGCAACAGCAGCAGCAGCAGCAGAUGCCUCCUAUGACUGAGGAGCAAAGUCAGAUGUUCUUGAUGAAACAAAAGGCUGAGCAGAAUCCACAGCCAAAUGUGGCCCGUGUUCCUGUGUCUGUGGGAGGAGCAGUGGUUGUAUCACAGCCACCACCAGUGUCUUUAACGGGUAAUCAUGCAAAUGCAGCUUAUCUGAACAGCCAACAGCAAGCUGUCAUAAAGCAGCAACAGCAGCAGAUGCUUCUAGAACAGCAGAAACAGAGAGAGCAAAAGCAGCAGUUACUUCUAGAGCAACAGAAACAGUAUCUGAUGGGACAGCAGCGACAACAGCAGCAGGAACAGCUCCAGCGGCACCUCACCAGGCCUCCGCCUCAGUACCAGGAUCAGUCACAGAAUUCUUAUCCACAGCAGCCAGUUGGUCCAUUUCCAGGGUCAUCUUCAGUCAUGCCUGGUGUAAAUAGUAUGAGCCAUUCAAAUUCUGGAAGUCCGCGCAUGUUUCCACAGUCACAGCCUAUGCUUCACAUGGGAGGUGGACACACAUCUGUUCCAACUUUGUCUUCUGUUUCAACGGCUCAAGAACGAGCAGUCUCCCAGUACCCUAACAUUCAGACAGUGCAACGGGGAGGAAUGUACAACAUGGGAUCAGGUCUCUCACAGAUGGUCCCAAAUCAUACAACACAGGGUAACAUGCCCAAUGGUCAGCCUACAAUGCAGAGGCAGCCAAGCUUGGGUCAAGGGAACCCUCUCCCCACUGGUUAUGGACCAAAUCCAAUGGCGAAUCCAGGCUUAGCUGCGCAACACAGUAAAGGGGUUAUGAACCCUGCAUUGGCCAAGGCCCAGAUGCCAAGAAUGCCUGCCGCCAUGCCAUCUCAAAACCCUGGAUGGCAGCAUCAAGGCAUGCAAAACAUAAACAAUCAGGCCCAAGGAAAUAAUGGCCUGGGUCCCUUUAAUUCUGCCAGUGCCAGCUUUCAUCUCCAGCAAAAUCAUCACAAAAUGUCUAACCAGCAGUUUGCCCAGAGCAUGCCACAAGUUGGUCUAGGAGCUGGCCGACCUAUGACCUCACUAAACAGUUCCGUCCCUGCCCAAAUGAUGCCAAACAUAACAUCACAGCAAAGGACAAAUCCUACCAGUCAACAGCCAGCGCCCAAUCAGCAGGUUCUACCAGUGAUGAACCAGGCAGUUCCAGAUCUGUCAGCAUUUAGUCAAAACCCUGGUCAGCAAAUGGCCAACAGGGCUGGCCUUCACUGUAAUCAGAAUUACCAGGUGAGGUCAACAGGUCAGGACUUGCCCUUUGGGUACAGUGGACAGUCUGGCAACAGCGGCUUACAGAAUUUGUCAGGCGAACCUGAUCUGCUGGACUCUUUACUCAAAAAUAGGACUUCAGAAGAGUGGAUGAAUGACUUGGAUGAGCUAUUGGGGAACCAUUGA